AAGGUGGCAAGGGUAUCCAUCCAAUGACUUUUAUGUCUUAGCAAUUUUUCUGAUUUUCUCUGAUUCAGACUUUAAGAUGCUUCCUAAAACAGAAUAUCUAAAUUAGCAGUCCUUAUUGAGCUAAGAAUAUUGUAAGUUAAAUUUAUGCACCUACAUACAUUACUAGUGGUACAUAGCAACCUAUAUUUUUUUUGAAAUAACCACUUGAAGGAUUUUCUUAACCUGACAUAAAUAGUUGAAAUAACCACCCUAAAGGCCUAAACAACCUUUUUUAUUUUUUUUUGCUUUGACAUAAAAACUAAGGGCAUCAAGGAGUAGCAUCUAAAGGUUCAGGGUUGACAGGAUUCAAACAUAGGGACGGUGUGGUUCAUCAUAAUAUCAUUGUCCUAAUUAGACACAUCAUUGUACCUAAAAACAUAAAUCCAGGAUAUUAUGAUGAACCACACUGUCCAGGUCCGACCAUGUGAAUCCGACAUUUCCUGAAAGGCAUCCUUCAACUGCUCCUCCCUUUGAACCAUGGGGCAGUAAGACAACGACAUAUACCAUUGAAAAGUCAUAAGAUGCUUGUGUGGUCUAUAUCGACAUAUCCCUCCUGACCCUGCACUUGGAUGGUGGUGAGAGCCUAGCUGUAGAUUGCGAUGCUCCCUUGUGAGAAGAGAGUUGAAGCAAGCCUAGCGUCUUGCCCUUGUCGCUGCAGCUACCCUACCGUAGUAAGAACAGAGAGCGGCACAAGAACACAUAACCAAAAACUCAAGCUCUGUCCAGGUGGUCUGAGUAUUAGUUGUGUGAAGCACCUGACUGGAGAGGGUUUGUUUCAACUUGGUAGCAGCAGCUUCAAGUAUACUGUCCCCCUUUUGGUACUCUGACAGAGAGAUGGAGCAUGCUGUUGUUAGUGCUGGUGGAGGCGCCAUCAACAUACUGUUAUGUAAGCUGGGUAUGAUGCUCAUCCAAGAAGCACAGCUCCUUGGAGGCAUCCGAGGUGAACUGCAAUACAUGAAGGAUGAGUUGGAGAGCAUGACAGCGUUUCUCCAGGACCUUGCCGAGGGGGAAAAUCACAGGAAGCAGGUUAAGAUUUGGAUGAAACAGGUGCGUGAGGUCGCGUACGAUGUUGAGGAUUGCAUUGAUGAGUUUAUGCAUCACCUUGGGAGCAGCAGGAAUGGUUCUGGCCUAGCCGAGCUUCUUCAUAGAUGCAUCCAUUUCCUGCAAACUGCCAGGGCACGCCGUCAGAUUGGGAAACAAAUCCAAGAACUAAAAUCACGUGCUACAAGUAUCAGCGACCGAAACUCAAGGUAUGGUGGUAAUCAUCUCAUUUUGGGAGCAGAAGGGAGCACAUUUGCUGCACAACCAGCACCACCUAACAUUAUUUCUUUGGAUAUCCGUACUCCCGCACUCUUCCCAGAGCUAACAAAACUUGUGGGCAUCGAAGAGCGUCACUGUGAUAUUGUUAAUUGGUUGGUGGGUGAAGACAUACCGCAAUUACUGGCGAUAUCUAUAGUUGGCUUUGGUGGUUUGGGCAAGACAACUCUUGUUAUGACGGCAUAUCAAACAGCAAGUGCAAGCUUCCAAUGUCGAGCUUUCGUAACUGUAUCCCAGAAAUUUGAUGUCAAGGCUAUCAUAAGGGACAUUCUUCGACAGAUUAUUCAACCAGUAGAUCGAAAUAGUCCAACACCCACAGUGGACCUGCUCAAAGGUAUGGAAGAAUUGAACGUGGGUCAACUUGCAAAUAUGCUAAGGCAGCAUCUACAAGAUAAGAGGUAUCUUAUUGUUCUUGACGAUAUUUGGACCAUCUCAGCUUGGGAGGGUAUUCGGUUUUCUUUGCCUAACUCACAUACUGGAAGCAGGAUAAUGGUUACCACAAGAAUGAAACCUGUAGCACAAGCCUGCUGCCUCCAUGAGUAUGACAGAGUUUACGAAAUUAAACCACUCACAGGCAGUGAAUCUAGUGAGUUAUUUUUCAGGAGAUUAUUUGGCAACCGGGAAAAUUGCCCAACUGUCUUGAAAGCUAUCUCAGAAAAGAUCCUAGGAAAAUGUGGGGGUAUACCCUUGGCCAUAGUCAGCAUUGCAGGUCUUUUGAGUAGCACAUACCUACACAGUUAUGAUCGCUGGGAGAAGAUCUACAACUCUCUUGGUGUGGAGCUGGAAACCAGUCCCUGGCUUGAAAAACUGAAGAAUAUUCUUGAGCUUAGUUAUAAUGACCUUCCGUACCAUUUGAAAACUUGUUUCUUGUAUUUAAGCACUUACCCUGAGGAUCAUAAGGUCAGAACGAAAAGUUUAUUGAGGCGGUGGAUAGCAGAACGCUUUGUGACUGCAAAGCGUGGAUUGAGUGCCCUAGAGGUGGCAGAAAAAUAUUUCAAUGAAUUCCUCAACAGGAGUAUUGUUCAUCCAGUUGAAAUGAGCUUUGAUGGGAAGGUCAAGACUUUCCGAGUUCAUGAUAUAAUGCUAGAGAUCAUUGUUUCAAAAUCAAUUGAGGACAAUUUCAUCACUCUGAUAGGUGAACAGCAUACUUUAGCUCCGCAAGAGAAGAUUCGGCGGCUAUCCAUUCAUGGUGGAAGUAACAGAAAUAUUGCCACAAGCAAAAUGUUAAGCCAUGUGCGAUCAUUGAGUAUAUUUGCUGACGGAGAAAUGUUACAGUUUGCUUGGAUAAAACUUCUUAGAAUAUUAGACUUAGAAGGUUGUGAAUUUACCAGGAAUGGAGAUAUCAGAAAUAUAUGUAGACUUUUUCAGUUGGAAUAUCUCAGUCUCAGAAAUACAUAUGUCACUCAGCUUCCUGUGCAAAUAGGGAACCUGAAGAAGUUGGAGACACUGGACGUCCGGGACACAGGCAUAAAGCAUUUGCCUCCUCACAUUACCAAGCUGCCAAAUUUGUCAAACCUACUUGGAGGGAGAAGAGCUUAUAACUAUAGUGGUUUGUUUCCGAUUUCCAACUUUUGGGGAAUGCACAUCCCUAAGAAGCUUGGCAAUUUAAAAAUGCUUACAACCCUUGCACAAAUAGAGAUCACAGACUCUACUUCCCAUUACAUAUCUGAAUUGGGAAAGCUUUCACAGUUGCAAAAGGUAGGAGUAAUGAUGUUUGUUGAUGAUGACAUGAAUUGGAUGUCUUUGAUCACUGCCAUUGCAAAACUGAGCAGCAGCCUUCAGUCGCUGCUGAUUUGGCGACCUGAUGGAGUUAUGAAUUUCAGGAUUCUUGAUACACUAUCCAGGCCACCAAUGUUUCUAAAAAGCAUAAACUUCCGAGGUAAGUUGGGACAGCUACCAGAAUGGAUCGGUUCGCUCGUGAAUCUCACUGAGGUAACCCUUCGUGCCACUGAAUUGGAAUCUAAUGACCACAUGAAAGUUAUCGCUUUGUUGCCAAGCCUACUCUAUCUCAGGUUGCAUCACAGUGCCUACACCGGAACAAAACUCACGUUUUCUGCUUCAGAAUUUCCGAGUCUCAAACUGCUCACCAUUCAUCUCGGCGUAUACCAGGCGUUGAACCUGAGGUUUGAGGAAGGCACAGCGCCUAAGCUCCAUAGCCUAGAGCUAUCUUUCUUUGAAGCAGCUUCCAUCAGACAGCCUUCAGGCAUCAAUUUUCUUCCAAAUCUUCAGGAGGUCUUGGUCCACGCUCAUCGAGACCAGGACUCAGCCGGUAUGGUGCAGUAUUUGAUGGAUGAAGCUAGCAGGAAUCCCAACAAACCCACUGUCACUUUCAAGGCAAAACAAUGGAAGCGAACUGGCGCAAGGAGAGAUCCACCCAUAGAUUACAGGGGAAACACCUGGUUUUGAUAAUGCGGGCACUACAUGCCAGGGAAGUUUUCUUGGCGCUGGGGAGUGGUUGAUGGCGAGCGCCUCAUGCGCGACAGGAGCGAGCGCCUUCUGGAAGGGGACGGCUCCAAUGGGAGAGGCCGACGCGACGACGACGACGACACUCAAGGCAGGCGUGGACGGGACGGCCCUCGUGGUUGGAGGUAGGCGCUGCGGCGCAGCCUGUCGCGCGGCGCUGGUUCCAGAGCACGGGACGCUGACCAGGAGGGUCAGCGCCACCGUGAUCGGUCGCACCACCGCGACGAGGGGAGGCGCAGGUGCGUUGGUGGUGCCAUGCAAAUCGCUGGCGCGGCUCCUGGACAGCGCAUGGUGGACGACCAUGAGGCGAGGCGGCGCUGCAGUGAGCACGCGCGGACCAGCGCCCUGGUGCUUGCGGACGGGCCUCCUCAGCAUGGCCUGGACGCCGCGCCAAGUCUCGCGCUGACGCUGGUCACCACGCCCUCGCUCUCUUCGACGGACCGGUGCAGCCCGGCUACUGCUUAUGCCCAGGGACUGGGGCUUUGGUGCCAGCUCCGGGGAUGCGCUCGACGCCGUCCUUGGCAAUGGACCACGCAGGAUCGGCCGAUCAUGGCGGCGUUCGGCCUCGCCACGCGCGGCUAGGCGUCGGUCCAGGGCGGCCCUCACUCCACCGACCACGCCGGACCCUCCUGCUUCACCAACGUCGGUCAUUCCUUCUUCCCCAACAACAGACAGCUGCGGGCAAGCUCUGCUACUGCCAUCUGCUCAGCCUGGGCAACAGCUCAUCCUCCUCUCGCCGCGAGUGCCAGCCACGGACACCGCUAUCUCGGCGCUGGCUUUGCUGGCGCCCGAUUCGCUGAUGGACGCAUCACCUACGUCAAGGCCGCCGGGCUUCGAGGCCACGCCUGAGCCUCGCACGCUGCCGCUCGACGUGGAUGGCUUACCGGCGCGCACACCUGAGACGGUCACCAGGGCGCCAAGGCUGCAGGCACCUGUGGUGGACACUUCCGGGGACAGGGCCCCCUUGGCGCCUCUCUUCGUGCCGGCCCAGGUUCCAAUCCUGUCGCCGCCCAUGUCCUCGCCACCGGUGCGCCCUGUGCCGCGAAGGAAGACGCUUGCCGGUGCUGAUAUCACAAGAACGGUGGGCUUCUCUCUGAGGAAGAAGGCCCAGGCCAUGGUUUGCAGGGGGCUGGGUAUCAUCAAAGAUGGCGAGGAGGUCACGGAGUGGGCGCUGGCACAGUUUGCUAGCCGUUUCCAGGGAAGAAUCCAUGAAGACGUGCUCAGCGCCAUGCUCGCGCUCUUCAAGGUGGGCACGGACGAGGACCUGGCCAACGACGACGCCAUGCUUGCUCACCGCGGAGCGGACGCUCUUGACCUCGACAGGAAUGCCGACGCUUCAGCUGCGCCUGAAGCCUGAACCUGCUUGCUUGCUGAAUUAGGGCUCCAUAGUUUCCUAUGUUAGUUUCGCAUUCCUUGUACCUGUUUAGGCUCCUUUGGAGUUUUCCAACGCCUGGGCUCGGCUGCUUGCUGGGGGCUGUUCUGUUGCCCUACCGCCGACCUUAUCUUUCUGCCAGGGGCAUACGUAUUGACAAUGAAAGUCUUAGACUGUGUGUGCUGAUUUGUUGUUCUGUGAUGCUC